AUGGUAGAUGUGACUUUGCACUUCGUCAUUUUAGCCUCUAUGUCAAUCCUCAUUGUGGCUGCCAAUAUCAUCGUUUGCGUAUCUGUAGUAACAAACGCCCAACUUCGCACUCACACAAAUGGAUUUCUCGUAUCUUUGGCCGUUUCAGACAUUUUAACGGGCGGACUCUUCUUUCCCGUUCACCUUAGUGGGCCAUAUUCGCCUGUAGCUUUCACAGAAGGCUACUUGGUUGCUUUCGUUCUGUUGGCUGGUGUUGGCAAUAUUUGUUUGGUCACAUGGGAUCGCUAUAUUGCUGUUACCAAACCGUUCCAGUACAAGGAAACAGUGAAGAAACACUUCUCAAAGAUGAUUAUCGUGAUUUGGGCGAUUUCCUUACUCGUUGCUCUCUUACCUCUGACAUGGAAGACAGAUUACAAUAUCGUCAUUCACAAAGUGUAUCUCUUUUGCUUAAUGGGCUUUUUUGUUGUCAUCCCGUACGCAGCAAUAUUUCUUGCCUACUACAAAAUUGGUCAGAAUUUGAGGAAACACCAACAGAAAAUUCGCAAACACUCUCACGCCACUGGUUCUCUUAAAUGCAAAAGAAUGAAAGCAGAGGCUAAAGUCACCAAAGUUCUUCUCGCUAUUGUAAUGAUAUUUGUGUUAUCAUGGUUGCCGAUCAUUUAUAUGACAACAGUUGCCAGUUUGAACAAGCUUAAUUUAUCUCCUGACGCUCUUCAAAAAGCUUCCCUUUAUACUGUGGCACUUUCUUCUUUGGCAAAUCCUUUACUUUACGCAUUUGUUAAGCAGGACUUUCGGCGGCAGUUUAAAAGACGCUCAGCGCGCCAAGAGAUAAGUUCUGUUUCUGCAGCUGCCAAUAAAAUGAUGGAGCCUCCAACGGCACCUUGUAGGACGGAAAAUGGCCGCAAAAAAAAUACAGUCAUUUACGUCAAAUAUUUCUCCCUAAGGAGCUAA